CCUGCCUUUCUGUUUGACCUCAUUAGUCUCCAUAUAAAAAUACCCCCUGUAUCUCUAGACUGGAGCAAAUAUUAUCAUUAUUCCCUCGUGUUGAUUGAUUUUUUCUACACAUGCUCAUCAUUUACCUUUGUCAUUGCAAUGCUGGUUAGAUAUGUUGGGUUGUGUCACCGUAGAAACUUCCAGUUUCUUCUCACCAAACGUACCAUCAAGGCUAUUCUGUUCAUCUGUUACACACUAGCAUUCAGCUUGAAUUUUCCCGAGAUAUUCAUGAGUUUUAAGGUGGUUACAGUGACAAGUGGAAACCUAAGCUAUCAUACUGUUGCUGUAAUUGACAGUGGUGUUCACUCUUUGUGGAUUGCCAGAAUUCUCAUAGCUGGCACUAUACCUUUUAUAAUCAAUACAUACUGUAUCAUACGACUCAUCAUUGUUUUACAGCAGAAUAAAGGUAGAAUAAAGGCAUUGUUCAGUAAUGACCUAAAUAGCAUUACUAGAGCUAAUCGCUUGGCUGAGCAAGACUCUGCUACCAAGUCACUCCUGAUCAAUGUUUUUGCCUACAUGAUUCUUGUCAUUCCUAAUGAUGUUUAUGGUAUUUAUGCCUUUGCCACUGGAGACGACAACAACACAAUUCGAUCCAUCUUGUGGGUUUUUCUUCUAGGAAACUUUUGUGCUAAUUUUCUUAUAAAUGUUACUGUGCACAAAAAAUUUAGAAAGUCUCUGAAAAUCAUAUGUGGGAUUCAAUUAAAUGCUAUUCACCCACAAAGUAGUUCCAAUGAAGAGAGACCUAUUCCUUCUGGUUCAACAAAGUUGAGAUCCACAAACCCAAUAUCAGUUUUAAAAGUAGAUACAUCAGCCAAUGCUGAGAUAUUGGAGGUCAAUGUAUGUGAUUCUGAUUAUUGUCAGCCCAAUGUAUCAAUGAGUGCUCCUAAUACAAGAUGUACAUCUUCUCCCAUCAUAAAUGUAUCAUUAUCAGCCUAGUACAGUGUAAAAUGCUCCUAUUACCAGAUGUACAUCAUCUCCCAUCAUAAAUGUAUCAUUAUCAGCCUAGUACAGCGCUAAAUGCUCCUAAUACAAGAUGUACAUCAUCUCCCAUCAUAAAUGUAUCAUUUUCAGCCUAGUACAGCGCUAAAUGCUCCUAAUACAAGAUGUACAUCAUCUCCCAUCAUAAAUGUAUCAUUAUCAGCCUAGUACAGCGCUAAAUGCUCCUAAUACAAGAUGUACAUCAUCUCCCAUCAUGAAUGUAUCAUUAUCAGCCUAGUACAGUGCUAAAUGCUCCUAUUACCAGAUGUACAUCAUCUCUUAUCAUAAAUAUAUUGGAUCGUUAUCAGCCUAGUAGUGCAGCACUAAAUGCUUCAAAUUCA